UUUGAGAGAGAGAGAGAGAGAGAGAGAAGGGACUCUCUCACUUCCUCAGCCACCAUUUAAGACCAAAAACCCCAAACGAACAGAAAACACAACAAAACAAACACAUGCGUGCUCAAUAAGCCAUUUUUCCCCCUUUCACUUCCACACACGCGCACAAAAGUCUAUUUUCUCCUUUCUCUCUCUACAAACAAACCCUAGAUCUUACAUCAUUCACAACACAAACCCUUCCGAGCCCACCACACUACCCAUUUUCCCAGAUCUGGCUAAUCCUCACUCACAAUUCUCCUCAACCCAGUUCCAAUUCCAUCCGAUCGGUGCAAAAUCCAAGCAAAUUUUUAGACAAACCCAUAACGCGUUUUCCCCAAAAUUUCCCCUUUUUCUCACUGAAUUCCGCGUUGUUUAUCACCUGGGCGGCGUUAAUUUGACCGAAUUGCGUGUUGUUUAACCUCAAUUUCGCUAGAUUCGCGAUUAAUUUUACUGGGAUUCUAUCGAAUUUUUCUGGGUAUUAAUUAUUAUCUGAUUCAUCUGAGCAAAUGCUUUGUUAUAAUAUUUUUUUCUAGUAGUGGAGAAUUCGAAUUCCGUUGUGUUUUGAGAGCGAGAAUUUUUCUCAUGGCAAUGCCAUCGGGAAAUGUGGUAUCUUCGGACAAAAUGCAGUUCCCGAGCGGCACCGCCGGAGCCGGCGAGAUCUCCCACCAUAACAACCGGCAGUGGUUCCCUGACGAGCGGGACGGGUUCAUUUCGUGGCUGCGCGGGGAAUUCGCAGCGGCCAACGCAAUGAUCGACUCGCUCUGCCACCAUCUCCGGGCCGUCGGGGAGCCCGGUGAGUACGACGCCGUCAUCGCCUGCAUCCAGCUGCGGCGCUGCAACUGGAACCCCGUCCUCCAUAUGCAGCAGUACUUCUCGGUCGCCGAGGUGAUGUUCGCGCUCCAACAGGUCGCCUGGCGGAGGCAGCAGAGGUUCUAUGACCCGGUCAAGAUGGGGAACAAGGAAUUCAAGCGAUCGGGAGUGGGGUUUAAGCAAUGGCAAAGGAAUGAUAGUUUCAAGGAUGGCCGUAAUUCUGCUGCGGAGAGUCAUUGUUUGGAUGGGAAUUCUUCGUUCGGCAAUGCCGCUUCGGAGAAAGGCGGGAGUGAUAAGUCCGGCGAUGAGGUCGGGAAUUCGGAUGACAGAGGUUCAAUGCCUGCUGCUAAGGAGAAAAAUGAUUCUGCAGCGAAAUCGCAGGAAGAUGGUAAUGUGAAGAGCUUAGGGAAUUUUGAAGGAGUGGUAUCUGGUUCAGAACCUGAAGUUCAUGCAGUAGAUGAUGGAUGCACCUCAAGUUCUAAAGAGAAUGAUUCACAUUCCACACCAAAGCAGAAUGAGAAUUCAAAUCUUGCUAAUGUCCCCAAAACCUUUUCUGGCAACGAGAUGUUCGAUGGAAAGCCGGUUAAUGUGGUUGAAGGGCUAAAAUUGUAUGAAGAAUUCUGCGCUGAUACUGAAGUGUCAAAACUUGUUGCUCUGGUAAAUGACCUGCGGUCUGCAGGAGAAAGAGGACAUUUUCAAACAGGUCAAACAUAUGUUGUCUCAAAGAGACCAAUGAAGGGACAUGGAAGAGAGAAGAUUCAAUUGGGCCUUCCAAUUGCAGAUGCUCCAGUUGAAGAUGAAAUUUCUGCAGGGACCUUAAAAGAUCGGAGAACAGAAGCCAUCCCUCCCUUGCUGCAGGAUGUGGCUGAGCGCUUAGUCAGCAUGCAAGUUGCAACUGUGAAGCCAGAUUCUUGCAUAAUUGAUUUCUAUAAUGAGGGUGAUCAUUCGCAGCCUCACUUGUGGCCAUCUUGGUUUGGAAGGCCUGUUUGCGUCCUGUUCUUGACGGAAUGUGACAUGACUUUUGGGCGAGUAUUUGCAAUAGACCAUCCUGGGGACUAUAGAGGCGCCCUUAAGCUUUCUCUUAAACCUGGAUCCCUCCUUGCAAUGCAAGGGAAAUCCGCGGAUUUUGCGAAACAUGCAAUUCCUUCCCUGCGCAGACAACGCAUACUUGUAACUUUCACCAAGUCUCAACCAAAGAAAUCCAUGCCAAGUGAUGGUCAGCGUAUGCCUUCACCUGGAGUCGCUCCAUCAUCACAUUGGGGUCCACAACCCAGUAGAUCCCCUAACCACAUCCGGCAUCCUGGUCCGAAGCAUUAUGCCCCAGUUCCCACCACUGGUGUAUUGCAAGCUUCCCCUGUUCGUCCUCAAAUCCCACCUCCUAAUGGCAUCCAGCCACUUUUCGUGACUGCCCCGGUUGCACCAGCCAUGCCUUUUCCUGCACCGGUUCCCAUUCCACCCAGUUCAAGUGGAUGGUCAGCAGCUCCUCCCAGGCAUCCCCCGCCCCGCUUGCCCGUUCCUGGCACUGGAGUUUUCCUCCCUCCACCAGGAUCUGGUGGCAAUUCAUCAGGUUCUCAACAGGUACUGGGCAACGACACAAACCACACUGUUGAGACUGCAGCCCCGCCAGAAAAAGAAAAUGGAUCAGGAAAGCUGAACCAUGGUAUGACUGCUUCUCCGAAAGGAAAAGUAGAUAGCAAAACUCAGAAACAGGAAUGCAACGGCAGCUUGGAUGGGAGUGGAAGCGUAAUAUCAGUGACGAAGGAGGAGCGACAGCAGAGCAGUGACAAUACAGCAACUAGCAAGUCAGCUGCAGCAGUUUAGAGAGAGAGAGAGAGAGACAGACAGAAAGAGAGAGAUAUAUAUAGAUAGAGAGAGAGAGAGGGAGAGAUUCUUAAAAUGGAAGAACGGCAAUGAGUUGGAAGCAAAUGUAAAGAGCGGCAACAUUCAAGACUUUUGACAUCAUACCAGCAAGAGGAUUGUAAGGGAGAGAGAACUUCUUUAGUUCUUGAAAUCCCUUUGUCCUCUGUUCUUUUUUGUUGUCCUACCUAUUAUAUGAAACUCUUACAUUAGGUGGAAAA